AUGAGUUUGCACUGCCGCUUCUUACGCGUGGAUCUGGGGAGGGGUUUGGGGGGGGGGAAUGUUGAUGGUGUUGCUGCUGGUGGUGGUGUUAACGUUGGGGUUAGGCUUACGGCAUCAUCAGCCACGGAUGCGAUCAGUAAUCAACAAAGCGGGUUUUCGGCAAGGGAUGGGGAGCUCGGAGUUGACGCUGGUGUUCUUACAAAGACGCGGCGCUUGGAGGGGGAGGGGGAGUGGGGGAGUGCUAGUGUUAGUGAGCGUGUUGAUAAUGGACCACUUGCCCGGUAUGGGAGUGCUGGGGGAUUGGUGAGUGGACUUGGACUUGGAUUUUGGGAUCAGAAUCAACGACAACAACAACAGACUCAACAUCAACAUUUGACUCUGAAUGCGGAGAGGAUGACUACUACUACUACUUCUUUAGGAUAUACCACGACGAGGACGGGGAUGGGCGGACGGGAUUCCUCCUUCAUGGACGCGGCGUAUCCUGGUUCCCGUUCCCAGGAGAGACAUUCGCGGCCGUUUGGGGGCAGUUUGGGGCUGGGCAUUUUGA